GAGGCGCACCAUGGAAGGAAUUUGAUUGAGCAUGCGCGAAACCAUACCUCCUGGCAGAUACUAUGAGCGGUGGUGUCUACGGUGGUGACGAGGUAGGUGCUAUUAUUUUCGACGUUGGACAUCAGAGCCUACGCGUUGGAUAUGGCGGUGAGGAUACACCAAAGGCUGAAAUCCCAACGAAUCUUGGCGUAUGGGAGGAUCCCGUUGAUUCACCGGAAUGUAAUCAUACUGUUAGAAAACAUUACAACAUCGACGUCACCGCCAUUCAAGUCCGUAAAAAGGAUAUGGAAAUGGUCAGCAUGAUGAAAGAUGGAAUGGUCGAAGAUUGGGACAUGUUCGAACGUUUAACCGAGUACACCUACAAGCAACGUCUUCACGCAUUACCAGAACAUCAUCCAAUCUUGAUGACGGAGUGUCCUUGGAAUACGAGAUUGAAACGAGAAAAACUUUUAGAAUUAAUGUUCGAGAAGUUCAACGUUCCAGCAAUGUACAUUUGUAAGAAUGCAGUUUUAGCUGCAUACGCUAAUGGAAGAUCAACAGCAAUGGUUGUCGACAGUGGUGCAACCCAUACGAGUGCUGUACCGGUUCACGAUGGUUAUGUUAUAACACAGGGAAUUGUUAAGAGUCCUUUGGGGGGUGAUUUUAUUACGAUGCAAUGUAGACAAUUUUUUGAAGAAAAAGAUAUCGAAUUGGUACCUGCAUCUCUUGUCGCUAGCAAAGAUGUGGUUAGAGAAAGAGAUCCACCACGUUGGACAAGAAGACCUGGACCCCAACCAACAACUUCCUGGUUAACUUAUAUGGUACGCGAAUUAUUGCAAGACUUUCAAAUGAAUUGUUUACAAGUUUCCGACAGUCCUUACGACGAGGACAUGGCUAACACUUUACCAAUGAAACAUUUUGAAUUUCCAACUGGCUAUAACGACGAUUUUGGUUCUGUAAGACUGAUGAUACCAGAGGCAUUGUUUGAUCCUAGUAAUGUUAAAGGUGUUGGUGCUAGCAUUCUAGGUGUUGGUCCAUUAGUAACAACAAGUGUUGGCAUGUGUGAUAUGGAUAUAAGACCCAGUUUGUACGGCAGCGUUGUGGUAACUGGAGGUAAUUCUUGUUUGCAAGGAUUCAGCGAAAGAUUAAAUAGAGAUCUGGCCAGUAAGACACCUCCGAGUAUGAGAUUAAAAAUAAUCAGCGCCAAUAGUCCAAGUGAACGUCGUUUUGGUGCUUGGAUCGGUGGUUCAAUACUAAGCUCACUUGGAUCCUUUCAACAAAUGUGGUUAUCAAGACAGGAGUAUGAAGAAUCUGGAAAAUUGAUUUUAGAACGUUUCAGAGAUCGUGGUCUUCUAGAAAAAUGGAAAGGCGAUUUUGAAACACCCCGUACCGAAAUUGAUCCACCAUGCUCAACUCGAUAAAUCAAAAGAUUAAUCAAAUCAAACGUAAAUUAAAUUAUUCCCAUUAAUGUCACGUAAACGUAUUUUAGAUAUUAGUGUAUAUUUAAUAAUUAGCUAUAUAUUUAUUAAUUAUUAAAUAAUUAUAAGAUGAGAUAAGUAUUAAUUGCAACGACUUUUGGAAACGAUGAGAUCAACAUUUUUGGCGAAUGAAACGAUAACACGACUGUGGGUCAUAUUUAUGUUAUAUAAAGAGGAAAAAAAAAACCAGAAAAAAAAAAUAACAUUUUAUUAA